UUCCUUUCUUACUGUCCAACCAAACUUACAUCUUCAUAUAAAUGUGGCAAAUCGUGUGAAAUGCUUGUCUUCCCGACAGUUCCUACGAAUCUCUCUCUCUCUCUCUCUCUCUCCCCCACACACACACACUCUGAUGUUUUGGAUUUGGCUUAAGUGACUGUGUUCUGUUUCUUCAAUUGCACAAAUUGUUGGACUUCUAAAUUCCAUCACUUUGAAGAAUAGUGUGAUAAGUAUUAGGAAUAAGAAGCUGCCACUCAUGACGAAGCAGAAAAUUCGCAACGCUCUUUUGGUGCACUUGGUGAUUCUCUUCUUCUUUUCUACAUCGGUUGUUUCAGCGAGAGUUGUGUCUCUCUUGCAGAACUACGGGAACCCGAUUUUCAGAUCAAAUUUUCAUUCUAUUUACGACACUUCCAAGUACGGUGUGUUUCAACUGAGUAACGGGUUGGGUAAAACGCCUCAGAUGGGAUGGAAUAGCUGGAACUUCUUUGCAUGCAAUAUCAAUGAAAUGGUCAUUAAGGAAACGGCUGAUGCACUGGUAUCAACGGGGUUGGCUGAUUUAGGUUAUGUGUAUGUCAACAUAGAUGAUUGCUGGUCUUCUGUGACAAGAAAUCUGAAGGGUCAACUGGUUCCUGAUCAUAAGACAUUUCCAUCUGGAAUCAAAGCUCUAGCAGAUUAUGUACAUGGAAAGGGACUCAAGCUUGGCAUAUAUUCUGAUGCUGGGGUUUUUACAUGUCAAGUCCGGCCAGGAUCAAUUUUCCAUGAAACAGAUGAUGCAGAUUUAUUUGCCUCUUGGGGUGUAGAUUAUUUGAAGUAUGACAAUUGUUACAAUCUGGGCAUCCCUCCAAAAGAACGAUAUCCGCCUAUGCGUGAUGCUCUCAAUGCGACUGGGCAGAAGAUUUUCUAUUCACUCUGUGAAUGGGGCGUUGAGGACCCUGCUUUGUGGGCAGACAAGGUUGGUAACAGUUGGCGCACAACUGGAGACAUCAAUGAUUCAUGGGCAAGCAUGACAACCAUUGCUGAUCUUAAUGAUAAGUGGGCUGCAUAUGCUGGGCCUGGAGGAUGGAAUGACCCAGAUAUGUUGGAAGUUGGCAAUGGAGGCAUGACUUACCAGGAAUAUCGUGCUCACUUCAGCAUCUGGGCUUUAGCAAAGGCUCCUCUAUUGAUUGGCUGUGAUGUAAGAAAUUUGACUGCUGAAACACUUGAGAUUUUGAGCAAUAAAGAAGUCAUUGCCAUCAAUCAAGACUCUCUUGGAGUCCAGGGAAGGAAAGUUCAAGUUUCUGGAGCAGAUGGUUGCAGACAGGUUUGGGCAGGUCCUUUGUCAGGAAACCGAUUGGCUGUUGCUCUUUGGAAUCGGUGCUCAAAAGUAGCUACUAUAACAGCUUCAUGGGAAGCACUUGGGCUUGAAUCUGGGGUUCAUGUUUCUGUGAGGGAUUUGUGGCAGCACAAGGUAGUAACUGGAGAUGCAGUGUCAUCAUUCAGUGCUCGAGUUGAUAUCCACGACUGUCAACUGUACAUUUUUGCUCCAUUUACAGUAUCCCACUCUGUAGAGUAGCUCAUACCUCACACACCUAUGACUAUGUUUUGGUUUUGGUCCAUCAGUGUAGAAAGUGAACCUCUGCGUGUUUAUUUUCUCCUAUUUUGUUGCAUCAUUUCAGGAUUUCUCGAGUAUCAAAUCAUGCGCAUCAAUAGUGAUUAGACUUAAAAUGAUGCCAUAAGUAAUGCAUGUCCUUAUUAUCAUUUUUUUCUUUUUUGAUGACAAAACAAACCAUUUCAUUAUCAAUUGGAUUAUCAAUAACUUUAAGGCCA